UUUCCCCAACUUUAUUAUUUUUAGUUCCCUCAACUACGGUGCUGUGUCCAUCAUAUCAAAAUCCAAUUUCAUUUGGGCAGAGGCCAGGCAGGGGAUCAAAAAUUGAAAGCCUAGCCCUAUUACUAGGGUUUUCUUCUUCCUCCCCCGAACUCGAUCCAUCUUCUCCUUGUCCCCUCUUUGGGUACAACAUGUCACCCGUAAAAGAAGUAAGAUACACAUCCCGCUCCAUUACUCCUCCUCCAAGGAGACGGAGCAGAUCAAUUUCACCGCCACCGUCCAGGGCGAGGACUCGUUCUAGGAGCCAAGAUUCUGGGGAUGCAAAUAAUCCCGGAAACAACUUGUAUAUAACAGGCCUGUCCACAAGAGUUACCAGUAGUGACCUUGAGAAGUAUUUCAACAAAGAAGGACAGGUUCUGGAAUGCCAAGUGGUCCUUGAUCCUCGUUCAAGGGAAUCUCGUGGGUUUGCAUUUGUAACUAUGGAGACUGCUGAAGAUGCAGACCGCUGCAUUAGACACUUACAUCGUUCUGUACUUGAAGGUCGCUUAAUAACUGUGGAAAGGGCUAAAAGGAGGCGAGGCAGGACACCUACUCCUGGAAAAUACUGUGGUUCAAGAGAAAGACGAGAUAGCGGUUGUAAAAGGACUCGCAGCCGUUCUCCUUAUCGAUCACGUCAAAGAGAUGACUCACACUACAGGGGCCGACGUGAAAGAUCUCGCUCUCCUCAUUCAAGGGAUUCACAUAGAAGACGCAGGGAGCGAUCACUUUCAGCUUCAGCUGAAGACAAGUCAGCAGAUUAGCCUUCAUACUGAUCAGUGAGCCUUUUCUAUCUCCCCUCUCCAAAUUCAAACAGUUCUAAGUUUGGGAAUGUAAAAAUCAUCCUUUUAUUUAACAAGUUUUAAUGUAAACUUGUCAUGUUACUAGGUAAUUUGAGGAUUUGACCAUCGCCCUUUUAACUUUCUGCAUUUAAGGUGGUUGUGAGAUGUGGUAGGGAGUAGUAUGGGUGGUAGACUUGUAGUUAAUGAAUUAAUGUGAUCUUGAACAAUUUUGUAGUUUUCCAGUC